AUGCUUAAGUUACCAAAAGGCUUAAAGAAGAAGAAAAAAGGGAAAAAAUCGAAGAAAGAUCAAGAGCUUUUUACCGAAGAGGAAUUAGAGCAAUAUAAAAGAGAACACCAAUCACAUCCGGCAGAAGUAAGUGAGGAGCAAUAUCCUGAUAAGGCACAAGGCGGUGGUGAUGAUGACGAAUGGUCCAAGUUUGCUGCGCUUACAACUGGUGUAGACUCAAUUUUGAAGAAAACUCAAGGGGAUUUAAAUCGUAUUAAGGAAACUUCGUUCUUUAAGCGCGUUCCACCCCCAAGUCAAAAGAAAAAGGAGGAAGAAGAAAAGAAAGCAGGAGAAGCUGUAGCUGCUUUUGAAGAACAAAGGCUAGCUAAAGAAGAAGAAAAGGACCCAGCAAAGGAAUUAUUGAAAGCAGUCGUUGAACUUUCAGAGUCUGAAGAAGAAUCAGACGUCGACGACUCAGCUUUUGACACAACUUUUAUUGAAAGAGUUGAAGCCGGUGAACUUCCAUUAGCCUACGUUGAAGCUGAGGAAGAAGAACCAGAUUUAGGACCAGAUCCUUUUGAUACUGGUUACGCAGAAAAAAUAAUCAAAGGACCUGAAGUCUCACAGCGAGGAAAACGACUUGUGAAUAUCGGAGCUGCCGUUGAAGUUCUAACAGGAAAAGUUGAAGCUUCAGUCUCUGCUUCAAAAUCUCGUCGUCAACGUCGUGGAAUUCAAAAUUUAUUACUUGAAAGUUUUGAAUUAAAUCAAGAAGAACACGAGGAAGCUACAUUAAGAGACACUACAUCUAAGACUUUAUUAGAUGAGCCAGCUGAUUUAGCCGAAGACUUCCCUAUCGAUUUAAGUGUAUCAUUACAUUUAGCAUUUCAACCACCAAAACCAUCAGUUGAGUGCGAAGAACUCGACAAAGAUUUAGAAGAAUUUGAUAUCAUUAGAAAGGAUGAUAAUAAUAUACGCAAUACAGAAACAGUAAAAGAAUCAGAAGAAACUGUUGAUUGGUCUGAAUUUGAACUUGAAAGAGAAAAACCACUUCGUUCACCACCCCCGUCAAACCUUAAACAACAAAUUUCCGACGAAGGAUUUGAAUUAACUGACGAUCCAUUUGAUACAGCAUAUGUUGAGAAAAUUGUUCCAAAGUCCAUUGAUUACGACGACGAUUUUGAUCCACGUGGAGCAGUAGAGGAAGAAGACGAUUUUAAUCCUCGUGCAGAGCAAGAGAACCUUUUCGAUUCAAAAGGAAAGUCGUUAGAGAAUACUGCAACUUUAAGAUUAGUGAAAAACGAUUUAUUAAGUGCAAGUCAUAGUGAUCUUGCUAGUAUUGCACCAACAUUAGCUCCAACAGAAGAUUCUGAGCCAGAAGAAGUUGAUCCAUUUGAUACUUCAGCGGUAGACUCUCUUGUAGCCCCCGGGAAAUUUGAAUUAAAAUAUCUUGAAAGGGAAUUACUUGAUAGUGAAAAGAAAAAGGAAUCACUUAGUGACGACGAUUUCGAUCCAAGAGCAGAAGAAGAACAAAAACCUUCUGCAGAAUCUCUAAAACAAAGAAAAUCUUCAUUAUCCUUGCAUAUUCCAGGAUCUGGAAGUAAGCUUGUAUCAUUUAUUAUCUCAUCACCUGAUCUCUUGCACGUAGAUUCUGAGACAAGUAGUAAGAUCCAAAAACCAUUGACACCAUACUAUCGUGAAUCGGCUUUACCAACCGAAGACGAAGUUGCUGAAGAAGAAGAUCCAUUCGAUACUUCAUUUGUACCAGAAAUUGCACCCACAAAAGUUGAAUUAGAUAUAAUCGAGAAGGAAAUUUUAAAGGUUGAACAUAAACCAACAUUAAAACAAAGCUUAUCAGAUCCUGACUUUGAUCCUCGAGCAAUAACCCCGGAGCCACCAAAACAAGAAUACAAACAGACAGAUUUGUUUUUAACAUCAGAUACUCACGAUAUAAAGGUAUUGACACCUGCUAAGGACAGUACACCAGAAGAGGUUGAAGUUGAUCCUUUUGAUACAUCAAUAGCAAAUAAUAUUGUACCGGGAAGAACUGAGUUAAAGCUUUUAGAGGACGAAUUGAUUGAGAAAAAACCUGAGGCACUUCUCCCAACUGAUAUUCUAUCUGAUACUCAGGAUAAUUCAAUUUACGUAAAAAUCUUAACUCCCCAACCAACUGGAUCAUUAGAUUUAGACAACGAAGAAGACUUUGAUCCUUUUGAUACGUCAUUUGCCACCUCAAACUUAGCUCCAGGCGAAACAGAAAUUAAACUAAUUGAAAGCGAGCUUAUUAAUUAA